GUGUGGCGCAGAUUAUCGGAUAUGGGCGGGACUUCAGCGGUCACCGGAGAUGAACACUCUCAGGACUCCACACUCGGUUUUCAACGCCGAAACGUCCAAUGAGGGCGAAGCAGAUUGUCGUUGGGAGCCACAGACUGCGAGUGCGCGGCACUGUCUCUUUAAACACGCCUGGUGUGAAAAGUUCAGUCAAGAAGGCUGUGCAGAGGAGAGUCCUGCGCGGUUUGGUGCAGAGAUCGGCGUCUGAUAUCGCGAGCGCAGCGCAGCAGAUGGCAGGCGACGGCGGGGAGGCCAAACGUCUUCCAAAGAGACCGUUUCACGGCGAAGUAGAGGAGAAAUCUAGCGCGACCAUGAAUGAAAACGUCAAAAUUCAACCCGGUAAAAAGACUUCGGGUGAUCGACGCGGUAAGGAAAACUCUGCCGCCAAGUGUACUGCUUUGACAAGCGGCUAUGCAGAGGCGAAGAUGGACCAAACCGUCAUUCACAGUCCCCAAACGCGAGAGGACCCGAGCAUUUUCUUCGACGAGGACAGCAAUCACAUUUUCCCAGUGGAGCAGUUCUUUGGGAACAUGGAUGUUGUUCAGAAUUACCCACGCAGAACCCCAGGAAGCAAGAGAAUGAGUCGGAGAGAGUACAGGAGCAUGCAUUACUAUGCCAAAGAGGACAGUGAAGACGAGCAGCUAUGAGGACACAAUUCCUCUCACAGAGUCACUCAAACUGUAUGCCAUUGACAUGGAAGGAGUUUUAUGAUGGUAAAAUGGAUUUGAUUGUUUUAAAGGAAGCUAUUUUAUUCCAAGAGCCUUCUUAAAUAAUGUUUGAGCUACACUGAGAUGCACUGUCGAUUUAUCAGUAAUGUGGUAAUUUUUGUCUUAUGCAAAUUUAAUGAGGUACAACAACAACGGCAAAAAUGUUAGGGCAUCCCUAAUUAUAAACUUACUAUAUAUGUGCCACACUAAAGGAAUGUACAGUAAGAGGUGCUAGACUUCAGGCUAAAACCAUCAUGUGAUUGGGGUUUCCACUGAAAGAAAGCUAAAUAAUUUCUAUAACUUUCUGUACACUGGGUUUUCUACCAUUUGUCCUUACUAAUGUGCUCUGAAAUAAACAAAUAUCGUUUUAUCAGUCAAGUGCCUCAAAUUUGCUGUUCAGACUUUGAAAGCAAUUUGAACAUUAGCUUGGACAUUCUGAAUUUGGCACUUUUAAACAUUCUCUGUUGAGAAUGAAUAGAUUUGUUUUGGAAAAAACACUUAAUACUUCAGAUUUGGUGCUGUAUAAUUGAAAAUUAAAGCAUGUAGCUAUUUUGACAUCUUAUGUUCUUUGAUAGGCUUAUGAUGUAAAGAUUUUUUUAAAGGUUAGUAUCUCAAAUUAAGAGGGUUUUAUCUGUAUUAUGCAUGUGGCUUCACCAAGAAUUGGAUUUGUCUGUAUAUGAUUUGCAUCUUAUUUGACAGGAUUUGCACUAACUUGAACAAGUGGCUCAAAGAUGUAACAUUUUAAAAUGUAGUUUCUUUGCUACUAUGUACAAAUUGUAUGAGGUAAAAAUUGUAGAAAGUGUGAUUUUGAAGUUUAUAUUUUUCUAUUGAAGUGAUAAACCAAGUGCUGAUUUAUUUUUUUUGCUACCAAAUGCUUUG